AUGUUUUUCCCUGGCUGGACGACCGAAUCGAUUUUGUCCCCAGGUUGUUCUAUUAAUAUCCCGAGGCCCCCACUACUAUCCGCCAAAAAGACAGCCCUGCUCUCGUCGCUUUCCAGGCACAUAGUUCAGUCGUUGGAAGUUAAGGUCGACGAGGCGGAGGAGGAGGAGGAAGAGGACGAGGAGGAGGAGGCGGCGAUCAGAAGGGAGGGCUGCGACGAAUCUGCUGCGAAAACGGCUGACAGCAACGACUACUCCAAUCUACCAAUGGAUCCACCCGAAGAAUCGACUCGGAAACUUCUGGAACGAGAACUUCGACUUUUAGACCCGAGAGACCUAAGAUCGCAUGCUUGGUACCAUGGCAGCACUCUUCGAGGUGGCCGGAAGGGCGCUGAAGCGGAAGUACCGAACGACGGUGAUUUCCUGGUGCGGGACUGUGCCUCCCAGCCUGGAAAUUACGUCCUUACGGUACGAUGGAAAAGCCAACCCCUUCAUUUCGUCAUCAAUAGGGUAGUAAUCCAGCCGGAAACGGUGUACGAAAGAGCUCAGUAUCAGUUCGAAGACGAAGCGUUCGACACGGUGGCAGAUCUGAUAACAUUUUACGUGGGCAGUGGUCGCCCGAUAAGCCAAGCAAGCGGCGCUCGCAUAAUCAAUCCGAAACCGAGAUGCGUUCCUCUGACCUGCGCGCCACCACCACCCCCCACGAACAGCCAACACUGCUCCAGCCCUUCCUCUUCGUCCCUAUCGACCGGCUCCCCACCACGUCUACCUCGGAAACAGCAACGAAGUCACUCUCUGACUGCGCAGCAUCACUCCCCCUCUGAUCAGCACGACGGCCGUCAUCAAACGUCCAGUCAACAGGCAGCGACUCACGGGCCAGUGCAGUCGAGCACUUUGCCGCGGGUGCCACCCAUUCAAAACCAACCACCGUCGUGUUCCUUGUCCCUGGGUCGCCAGAAAAUCACGAGGGUGAUCUCCGAUCCGGCACUGCAACAGCAACAACAGCAACAGCCAACGCUUCAACAACCAUCGAGCUUGAACCAUUCGCAGAAUUCACACGGCACUGCCCCGCCAAAGCCACCGAGGGUGCCGUACGCCCCUAAUCAUCAGCAUCACGCUCAUCACCACCAUCACCAUCACCACCACCACCAUCAAGGCUACCAAGCGUCAGGAAGCGACAGUGGAAACGGAUCCGGGGACAGCGAGUUCGAAACGAACAACUCUGGCGGUGCUGCUAGUAACCCCUCCUCCUCUGCGCCUAUCAAAGGAGUCGUGAUCAGAAGUCAUUACAACACGAGUAACGAUGGUACGAACGGCAACAACGGCAACGAAUAUGAACUGUCGGCGGAGGAGCAGCUAGUAGUGGCUGCGCCGUCGUUGGAAAUCACGACGGCGUUGGACAUAGAAGGAUUCACCACCCUGUUACUACCAGCCGGUGAACACAGGCCUUUAGAUCCCACUGCUUUGAGAGGCGUGUCCGGCAUGUUGCACGACUCGGCCCCGCGAGUCUUGGCGUCUCAUCUGACGAAGAUCGAUCUGGAAUUGGCUCUGCAACCAGGCACUGGGAACAGAAACGGGCUCAGCGGUAUCGAAUUGGCUACACUGCCGCAUGGUCGACAGGCUAGGAUGGACUUGAUCGAACGCUCCGAGUGUUUGAAGCUCAUCGUAGCGGUGACUGUGCUGGCUGGAGCCACUGCCAUCGAAAGGGCCGCUACCAUCAGCAAGUGGAUCAAAGUGGCCAUAGACACGAAGACAGCACUGGGCAAUUUGUAUGGCUUUUGCGGCGUGAUGCUUGGCCUCUGCUUACCUCAGAUACAGAGGUUGGCCAACACCUGGCAUCUGCUGCGGCAGAAACAUACCGACGAAGCGUUCAGCUUCGAGGCGAAGCUCAGGCCCACCCUUCGUGCUAUGAACGAGUGCACGAAUCCACAGGCACCGAACACUACGCUGCCACAUCUGUUGCCCGUCGCUCUCCUCGGGGAACGUGGCCCGGAAGAUAUUCUAGGAACCGUAGCUCCGUCAGGCCUGGCAGCAGCAAUCCUAUCGCCCUGGGAAAAUUCAGCCCCCGACUGUGGCCUGUCCAUCGUUUGGUCCCAUUUAGAAUCGGCUCGAAAAAUGGCGGAGAGCCUUCCGUUGUUCCGCAGGAAUGCGGAGAUCGUCCUCGAAGGCUCCAGAAGCGACGAGUUACUAUCCGACGCGUUUCGAACAGAGUUCCAUAUAAAAUUCCUGUGGGGCAGUCGGGGAGCCACCGUGGCGCCGGAAGAGAGGCAUCUAAAGUUCACGCAAGUAUUAGACGCGAUGUUCGACAAGUGUUCGUCGACCGAGGUGACGGCCUAAGAACGCGACCAAAAGAGAAUAUUUUAGAUAGAAGCUCGAUCUGUACCAUGCUUGUUAUUCAAGAGAACGAGACUUGCAUAGGAAACGAGGGACCCGUUCGAUUUAGUUUUUACGUGUACAUUAUAACUGUGUAAUUAUGUAAUUAAGUGACUGUAAUUAAUUGUACUUCCGUAGUAGGGUAUUUAGUAUUUUAUUUGAUAAGGCCCGUAAGUGUGAGUAAAUGCAUUGUUAGCCGAUUUUAAUGGAAUAAAGUAGGAUUUAGUCGAGUCGAGUUAAGUUUAGUUCACACUUUGUACAUUUCAUCAAAUUUACCCACAGAGCAAAUUCUGGAGUUGUUAAUAAUGUGAUAAACAACGAAACAUUUAACAUUCGUAUGAAUAACGAGUGAUUCUUCGUUAUUACAUUGAAAGUAAAUAGUGGUCUUGUGAUAUAUAUGCAAGGCGAAGAUUAUUAUUGUGCAAAUGUUGAAACUUAACUGACUCAAACAAUUCUAGUUUAUUCCACAUUGAUUCGAAACAGCCGUACCGUUUUCCUGCGAUUCUCGCCAUUCUUUCAACUAUUUCUUCUAACGAGAUCGCGAAUUAUAAGCGUAACCUGUGAAACGUGAUUUUUCCAUCACGACGACAAAGACACUUCUUAUAGGGACGAGUAUAGAAACAGAAGGGAAAUAAUAAGUGUCUUUGCAUGGCAUAUUUCGUCGCAGUGCAGAAUCGGGAUGUUCAGCCGAUCUAGAGAUCUGGCGAAAAAUCAUGCUACCCGAAGGCAUUUUAAUUGGACGAGAUUUCCUUAUAUUUCCGGGUGAAUCUCAGCAAAGAAGAAAAGCUUGAAGCCUUCGAAAGGCUGAGGCAAGAAUCUUUCUCGCGGCGUGACGAAAUUCUGUGCGAGAACUCCGAAAAUACUGAGAACCUGAUGGCGCUCGGGAAUGUCGCGACCCUAGAAAGUAUCUCGCGAUUUCGAAGAUUUCCUACCAGGAGUUUCCAACUUCCCGAGAUAUUUUGGGAUUCCCGAGAAUAUCAGGUUCACAGUGUCGUCGCGAUAUUUCGAAUUUCCCAGACUUGCUUUCUCUCGAUAUAGUAGUCGAUCCGGUUCUUUCAGGCCAACUCGUCCCGGGUAGCCCGAUUAUUUCAGAUUGUCCGAGUCCUUUCGUGCUAAGCCCGACUCGUUUCGAAUCGAUCCGAUUUCUCUCAGGCGGUUCGACGCGUUUCGAACAACCUGCGAUUCUUCCUGGCGGUUCGACUCGUUUCGCAAUAGCUCGACUCGUCUCGGGUAUUCUGAGUUCUUCAAGUGCUCCGAUUCUGUCGGGUAGCUCGACUCCACCACGGGUCUUGAGUAACCCGAUGUUUCGGGCUCGCCUGACGAAGUCAGGUAGUGGCUUGAUACUUCAGUGUCGGAAUAAGCCUGACAGAUUCAGCAAAUUGAAAAUUCUACAUCAAAUUCUUCGAUCUUGAUUGUCAACGUAAAAAAUUAUUCGAUAUAUUAAUAUUGAAUAUCGUCGAAUGCAUCAGACUUCUUCCGACAGCUGAUCGCACCACCCGACACAAUCGGGCUACCCGGUUCUUCAUAUACAGGGUGUCUCAUUUAAGUGUGAUCGCAAAUAUGUUUUUUUUUUCUCAAUUGCAAAGGUGUAAAAAAGUAUUUCAUACGUAAUUUGAAGGAUAUGGACCAGCUGCUAUUCUGCAAAGCGUUAUGUCUCUCCAGGCUUGUUCUUUUUUUCUCGAAGUUUUCAAAGUCAUCGAUCUUUUUUUUUUUUUUUUUUUU